AUGGCGCCCGCACGGAGGAAGACCCCGGGGUUCCUCCCCCUCUCCGCCCCCCUCAUCCUCCUCCUUGCCGCGGCGGCCCCCGGAGCCUUGGCAAAACACCAGAACAACUUCGACCUCUACCCGGCCGCCGCCCAGCCCUGCCUGUACGCCGCGUCCGACGCCAGCCUCUGCGACGGCGACACCGUCGCCUCCAUGAACCAGUGCCUCUGCAGCGACGCCCGCGGCGGCUUCGUCACCUCCGCCGCCCUCUGCAUCGGCCGCGACGCCAACCCCACCCUCCGCACCGUCUACCAGUCCAUGACCACCGCCUGCUCCGACUCCAAGACCCCCAUCGCCCUGACCCAGGACCAGUUCCUCGCCCUCGGCGCCCGCGGCGCCACCGCCUCCUCCCUGCCCGUCACCCCGUCCGCGACCACGCGGCCCGCCUCCUCCUCCUCCGCCGCCAAGCCCACCACCUUCAAGACCACCACUGGCGGCGCCACCGUCACCAUCACGAGCACCCCGACGUCCUCGUCGACGAGCGAGCCCGAGCCCGAGUCGUCCGGGCUCAGCACCGCCGCCAGGAUCGGCGUCGGCGUAGGAGCCGUUGUCGGCGUGGCCGCCCUCCUCGGCCUCGCCGCCUUCGUCUGGCGCCUCAAGCGGAUAACCGAAAUAGAAAGGCAGCUACCGCCCCCUGCCGUCGCCGCCCAGGAGUACAAGGGCGAGUACAAGCAGCCCGGGGGGAGGCCCGUGUCCGAGAUCGCGCAGGCCACCAGCCCCGUCCCCGGCAGCGGCGCGCAGACGUGGGCGACGACCUCGCCGCAGCCGCCGUACGCGCAGCCUCAGCAGCAGCAGCAGCAGCAGCAUGCUUGGGGCCACCACCCGCAGGCCACCUACGUGCCUCCGCCAUAUCAACAGCAUCAGCAUCAGCAGCAGGACCCCCAGCAGGGCGGGGUGUUCGAGCUCGCCUCGAUACCCGCGGCCUUGCCCCCCCAGACGUCCCAGCCUCACCCGCCGGACGCCGUGGAGAUGCCGGCGGCCGAGGUGCAGCCGCGUCCGGCGAGAUACAUAUAUCCCUCGCAAAGACAAUGA